AAAAAAAAACAAACCCUGAAAAAACACGUAGAAUUUCUUUUUAUGAACGUUCUUUUUAAAAUUAUGACAGGCGCACGAGAAGAUGACCGACAUUUCAAAAAACAAACGAACUACUACAAUAAUUAUAAUAAUAGAAAAAAUUCUUUCGGGACGAUCACUCCUUAUUCAACGGCCACACUAAAUUCAGCAUCAUUUACUUCAAAUCAUAAUUCAUUUGUAUCAGCGACCGUUCCUGGUCCAUCUUUGCCUAGUGUGAAACGGCCUCUAGAACACUCCCCUGUUAAUAAUUUUAAUGCUCAAGAAGUUUCAAAUUUUUUGAAUAACUCUUGGAAGGAAGCAUUGAGCCAAUAUUAUGAUAAUAAUCUUCCCGAAGCCGAAAAGCCGGAGUUGCAUAAAUCUACUACUUGGGAAGUUAGAAGUGGGCAAGUAUGGGGACAAAGAGGAAAUUUAAUGGCGAAUGGCAAUGAUUUCUUUGCCGAAUUGAGAAAAUCAUCACUUUCUCAAGCAUCAAGCAUUAAUUAGCUAAGUAAAUCAAAUGUCAAUGUUAAACACGUUUAAUAAUUUUGCAGUAUAACUAAUUAUACCAAAUAUAAAAAAGUGAUGAAUGAAGAUUUUUUUUUUUUUUUU